UCUACUCUACCCUGCGCUGCAAUAACUGCCUGGCAUAGUUUAAUAGAAAAAGGAAAUGUAAAAGCCGGCGACAGCGUAUUGAUACAGGGAACUGGCGGAGUAUCCUUAUUUUCAAUGCAGUUUGCAUUAGCUGUAGGCGCAGAAGUAAUUUUAUUAUCUGGAAGCGAUGAUAAAUUAGAACGUGCUAAAAAAAUGGGCGUAAACCAUUUGAUCAAUUAUAAAAGUGUACCGCAAUGGGAAAAUGAAGUCAAAAAAAUCACCAAUGGACUUGGUGCAAAACACAUCGUAGAAGUUGUAGGCAGUGACCAUAUUAACGAAUCUAUAGAAGCAGUUGCAUUAGACGGAACCAUUUCUGUAAUCGGAAUAAUGAACGGACUAACCGGAAAUAUAAAUACUGCAAAAUUAAUGAGUAAACAAGUCAGAUUACAGGGAAUUAACGUUGGCUCAAAAGAGAUGUUUUUAAGAAUGAAUCAAACCCUCGAAACAAAAAACAUCCAUCCC